AUGGGACUGGAAACAAACAUCCGCUUUCCAAAUGGCAAGCAAUAUGCACUGCCUGACAUUUGCGAAGAUCAUAUUACCCGCGAACUGGAGAGCUUGCAACAACCGAUUCCUGAUUGUUGGACAGAAAAUUUUAUUUCUCUCCGUCCAAAGCGCCUGUGUUCGACAGCCAUUCCGGAAGAGAUUAAUGAAGAUAUUGAUGAAAAGCCUGUUGCAGCACUCGGUUUGCAAACACCCCAUGUGAACAAAACCAGUUCACAUUGA